GCUCACAGUGUUGCGGGACACACUGCCAUUUGAGUAUUACUUCCGCGUGGUGGGGCCGUCCUUGCACCUCGUAGCGUGGCAUCAAUCAGAAGCAAGUAGUCUCUGCACGAACACCUGGCCCCCAAAGCAAUCUUUCUUUAGUUCUACCUACGACUUUCUCGUUAUUCUUUAAUCGCUAAGCUACAUUGCCGCACUACCUAUUACUUCAAGAUGACGGGACGGCGAGCAGUCGGGUCAAUACUUCACCGCGCAGCCCGCGGCGCUGGCUUAGACAGGGCUGGAGCUUCACUUGAGGCGUGUCGAGGCGCUUACGCCGCCGUGGGGCCAAGCAGCGACGACUCUUGCGGCGCCACGACCGCAUGCAGCAGCCGCGCUGCCCCUACUGCAGCAGCUGUGCAGCAACCGCUGCGUUUGCCGUACAACUCGUCAACCGCCGUACGGCCGAUUCAGGCCGCCCUCUCCUCCUGCUCCUCCUUCCACCUCGCCUCCUCCGUCCGCCUCUCCUCCACCUUUGCCAGCGCCGCCGCCACCACCCAUGAUGCCAGCGCAAGCAACACCAUCCCCGCUCCCUCCUCCUCCGCCGCCCCCUCGCCCGACCCCUUCUCCUCCUCCCUCCCAUCUGAGCAGCAGCAGCAGCAGCAGGACCAAGCGGACCCCUUCCUUCAGCAGCUGGACCAAGCGGACCCGCAGCAGCAGCAGCGGCAGCAGGAGCUGCUGUCCCGCCGCGGCCCGCUGGUGGAUGCGCUGUCGAGCUGCCUGGGGCUGCAGCAGCUGGAUGCGCUGCUGUCGCAGGAGGAGAACCGGGAGGCCAUGGAUGAGAUGCUCCUCCUAACCGCCCUAGACACCGCCCACCGCCUCUGCACCUCCGCCGCCGCCGCCUCCUCCUCCGCCUCCGCCCGAGUCUACGGCAGCGGCCCCGCCGGCGUCCCCCUCUCCUCCCUCGCCCUCUCCUCCUCCUUCUCUGCCGUACACAAACCCACUGCGGAGGCUGCUUCCGACGUGCUGACGCGGCUUUCGGAGCUGCUGAUUCAGCUGCUGAGUGAGCCGGGGGCGCUUUCGGCGGAGGGGGCGGUGCGGGCGCUGAGGACGCUGGCGGUGCUGCGGUUUAACCCCGCGGGGGACUAUGCGGGUCUGCAGACCAUGGCCUCCUUCUACCGCGAGGCGGUGCUGCCCUCCCUGGACCCCGCCUCCGCUCCCCCGGAGGUUGCCGUACGCGCCCCCCAGCUGCUGAUCGACCUGUACUACGCGUUCUCACGACUGUUUGAGGUGGCGGCCAGGCGCGAGCGGGAGCUGCAGGCGCAGCUGGCCGCGGAGGCCGCCGCGGAGGAGGACGCGGCGUGCCGGCGGGCGGACGACGACGAAGCCUCCGGAGCAGCAGCAGCAGCCGCAGCUGCCGGCACCGCCUCUACCACCUCGCCUCCCUGGAUGCGAGGCAGCGCCGCAGGGGCGGGGGCAGGGGUGGCAGCAGUGGGGGAGGCGGGGGCUGGUGCGGGUUACCCGCUGUCCACCGCGCUGACGGUGGUGGGCGACCGGCAGCUGUACUACGAGGUGUCGCGCAUGCUGGCGGCGCCGGGGGUGCUGGCCAACAUGCCCACCAAGUCCCUGGGCAGUCUCUCCACUGCCAUGGCCACCGCCCGCUUCGCGCACUACCCGCUGGCCCAGAGCGUCGCCACGCAGACCGUGCUGCGGCUGCAGCAGGCGGCGGCAGCGGCGGCAGGACUGGGAGGGGCGGCGGCGGCUGCGGCUGCGGGGCUGCUGCUGCCGGAUGGAGUGCCCGCUGGGAACGAUGCCAUGGCCACCUCCACCCUCUCCAACAUCGUCUCCUGCCUUGCCAAGCUGGGUUUCGAGCACGAGGCGCUGUGCGACGCAACCGCUAAUUGGAUGUUGCAACGACUGUACGUCAGCGGCAUGGGCAACAACCACCACCACAACCACCACCACCAAGGGCAGUCGCACAUGGCGUUGGUGACCCCCAUGCAACGUGGUUUCGGAGUGGCGGGUGGGGUGGGCGGCGUGCAGCCGCAUCACAUUGUGGAUGUAGCGGUGGCGUUCGCCCGAGUCAAGUACGACAACAUGGACUUCCUGUUGCGUGCUGCCGAGGUGCUGCAGCUCAAGCUCAACCACUCCGCACCCAACUCGGUGGCCAUGAUGACAUGGGCCAUCGCCAACACCAAGUCCGGCCACUCCCCCGAGUUCGAACCGCUCCUCAAUGCCCUCUCCCAACGCAUGGUGGCGCUCUACAAGGCCGGCAGACAUUCCACCAAGACCUCCUCCGCCUCCUCCGCCGCCUCCUCCUCCUCCGAAAGCCACAACGCCGAGGACGCCUCCUCCUCCUCCUCCUCUCCAGACGGUACCGCCUCCAACGCCAACCCCAACGGCAGCAACCCCCGCCCCAGCAGCAGCAGUGGGGAGGGGGGCUUGGGUGGCAUGGCGGUUGUGCCCCGUCACCUCGCCUGCAUGGCCUUUGCGAUGGCGCGCAUGGGGCGCCAGCAGCCGCUGCUGAUGGAUACGGUGGCGGCGGAUGUGGCGGCCAGGGCAGACAAGUACUCUGCCCGCCAGCUCUGCAACAUCCUGCGCGCCUUCACCAUGCUCGACUCCUACCGCCCCCACACCUUCGCAGCCGCCGCCGCCGUGCUCACCGAGCGCCUGGCAGCCACCGCUGCCACCCCCGCGGCGCUGCUGGCCGCUGCGCCCCCCGCCGCGCCCUACGUGUUCGGCCCCCAGAACUACUCGGAUGCUGCCUGGGCGGUGGCGCUGAGCGGGCAUGCGAGCCAGGUUCCGGAGCUAAUGGAGCUGCUGAGGAGCAGGGUUGCUGAGACCGCUCCCCAGAUGGGCAAGGCCUGCCUGGUGCGGGUGGCCCAGGCGUUUGCGGUGGCGGGAGGCGACAACACGCGCGUGUUUGAUGCGAUUGAGCAGGCCUCCCGCCCGCUGCUAGUGGACCUGGGUCCCGCCUACCUGGCUGCGCUGGUGGACGCGUUUGCGGAGGUGCAGCACCCAGUGAGCGGCGAGUUCUGGACGGCCUGCAUGGACGCCGUGGGUCUCAAGUUCCCGCACCUGGAGCGCCCCCGGCCCGACAUGCAGGCCGCAGCCGCCCGACUGGCCGCCGCCUUCCGCCGCCACCCCGCCUCCGCCGCCCACCCCGCCUGCGCGGGCCACUACGUGCUGCCGCUGCUGGAGUCCCUGGCACCGCAGCAGCAGUAGGAGAGCGGG